AUGUUGCCCAAGAAACAAUUGUCAGGUGCUCAGAAAAGAAAAAAGAGAAAACAUGAUGAUCAAUUGGCUGAAUCGCAAAGGGGUGCUUUACAUAAGUUUUUUGUCAGUUCAAGUAAUGCUGAUGUCAAUGAAGUUGGGCAGGAAUCUGAUCAUGGGCAGCAGGAACAUGAUCAUAAUUUAAAUGCAGAAGAUGAAAUCAAUGAAGAUGGUCCAAUGGAUGAAGAUUUAAUUGCAGAAAUUGAUGCAAUGGAGGAUACAAUGUGGCAGGAAAAUUUGCAUCCCUCAUCUGAUCAUGAAAAUUCAAAUGGUGAUGAACUAGAUGGUUCUGGUUUAUCAAUCUAUGAUCCUAGAACAUGGGAUAAUCUUGACAAUCGCACAAUUGAAAUGAUUGCUGAGUUUGAUCCUGUGAUGCAAGAACAUAUUAGGCGCAUUAAAAGUAAUGAAAUUCAUAAUCAUUAUCUUGGCCACAAUAUUCAGAAUGAGUUAAUUUCUCUUCUUGCUGAUGCCGUGAAGGAGUAUAUCUUGAAGAUUGUCAAGGAUGCUAAGUAUUUCUUUGUUAUCUUGGAUUGUACCCCAGAUGCGAGCCAUCAGGAACAGAUGACCCUAAUUGUGCGUUGUGUCAAUAUGUCAAGUGGCAUUCCAAGAGUGGAGGAGUUUUUUCUAGGGUUCUUAAAGGUUGAUGACACAUCAGGGUUGGGUCUUUUUGAGGUGUUGAUAGAUACAUUGAAGAAAUUGGAUUUGAAUGUUGCUGAUGUGAGAGGUCAAGGUUAUGACAAUGGACAAGCUAUUUCAUUCUUUGGUGUUAUACAACGGAUAUAUGCAUUAUUUGCACGCUCUACUAAAAGAUGGAAGGUUUUGUUGGACAAUGUUCCAAAAUUGACUGUUAAACCUUUAUCUAAUACUCGCUGGGAGAGUCGAAUAAAAAGUGUGCAACCUAUUCGGUACCAAACUCCCCAAAUAAGAUCAGCCUUGCAGAAAGUGGAGGAGGUUUGUACUGAUGACCCAUCAGCAGUAAGUGAUGCUCAAGCUUUGGUUGGUACACUUGAGAAUUUUGAAUUUAUAGUUGGUAUGGUUAUUUGGCAUGAUGUUUUAUUUUCUAUAAACAUGGUGAGCAAAAAGUUGCAAUCUAAGAUUGUGUGCAUGGAUACUACUCUCAAACAAAUUGAAGGGGUUAUCUCAUAUUUUCAAAAGUAUAGAGUCGAAGGCUUCGACUCUAGUAUUGAGGUUGCAAAAGCCAUUGCAGCUGAUAUGGAUAUAGAGCCAAAAUUUCCUACAAAGCGCCAAAGUAAAAGGAAGAAGCAAUUUGAUGAAACAAGUGAUGAAGAAAUGCAGCUAUCAGCUAUGGAAUCAUUUAGAGUCAAUUACUUUAUUGUCAUUGUUGACACGGCAAUUGCUUCAUUGACUAGUCGAUUUGAGCAGCUGAAGACAUUUGAAAAGGUGUUUGGUUUUCUAUUCAACUCAGAUAAUUUGAAGUCCUUGGAUAAUAACGAUCUACGUAAGCAUUGCACUACUUUUGCAGAAGUUUUUUCUCAUGAUAAUUCAUCUGAUGUUGAUCUAGAUGACUUUUUCUCUGAAUUAAAAGUACUGCAAGUAACUCUGCCAGAUGGUUUUAUGUCAGCCCUAGAGAUUCUUCAGUUUGUUACAACUGUAGAUUGCUAUCCAAAUGUCUCUAUUGCAUAUCGGAUCCUCUUAACUGUGCCGGUGACUGUAGCAUCAGCUGAAAGAAGUUUCUCAAAACUGAAACUACUGAGAAAUUGUUUGAGAACAACUAUGUUACAAGAAAGAUUGAAUGGCUUAACUAUGUGCAGCAUUGAGAAAGAUAUUUUGGACAACCUUGAUCUAGAUACGAUUAUUAAUGAUUUUGCAUCAAGAAAUGCCCGAAGGAUCUUUUUUGUCAAGAACUGA